CAUAGAUUCAAGGGUUUGCAGAAAUCGCAGAUAUAAUACAAUUGUUCGCCAUUCUUGGCCAAAGACGACCACUCCCGUUCAGCCACAGCCACCCGCCGAACGUCGGUGGCGGCACCUGUACUCCCCUUAGUCCGCGCCCACGACGCGAUGUACUCUUCAUGACCAGCCAUACCCAGUUAUUCUCUACGAUCUCUGCAGUAUGGCGAUCUACAACACGACGCGCUCCUUUGAGGAGCUCUUGGAGGCGCACGAGUCGUCUCCGCCCUCGUUCACCGUGAGGUUAUACCCGGACUUCUGGCAGUUGAACAACGGGUCCAAAUGUCUGUACAAUAACCAAAUGGCGUCCCUCCUAGACGAUAUCCGCGCGCAGCGGAUACCCGUGGACUUCCUGGAGUUGUUCGAUACCGCCAAACUUCCGUUCUACGAUGGAUGUAUGAUUGUGGAGGUUCAUGACUAUCGGCCACCGAAGGCCACCGACCAGACACUCGAAGAGCCUCAGAAGACCCGAGUAGUUCUGAGUCCAAAUCCUGAGACACUCUGGGCGGACAUAUGUUUAAUGAACCAGAAAGUGGGAAACGCUUGGACAGACAGGGAUGCCUUGGAGGUUGAGGCGCGCAUUCUCGUCACCACUGCUCCUCCCCUCUGCCUUGAUCCUGACCCCCAUCUCACCCGCGUGAUCAAUACCACCAUUAGAGCAUCUGUACCCACCGCGCCGUUGUCUCUUAAGCGCAAGGCAGCCGUCAUGGAGCAGGAGGAUCAGGAGACGGAGAAGGUCCGCAGGGCAAAACUCGCGCAAUAUAUGAACCCGAAGUACACGCGUCCAGCCGCGUCUGCGCCGAGUUUCCGCAUCUUGGAGGCCGUACAGAGGGUCAGGAUGCAGGAGGCUGCCUCUGCUCAAGCGAAGAAUCAGGCGGCUCAGGUGCCGGCAGCGACAGCUGCCCCGACCCCUGGGUAUGGAGCCCCUGCGGCUCCUGCUGCGCCAGCCCCAGCUGUUCCUUCGUCCUAUGGCCAACCACCAGUACCGAUCCCUCCAACAGUGCCCACUUCCAUCCCUGUCCCUCCACCCCCAGUUGCUGCCCCCGCGCAGCCUGUGGCUACUCAAGCCUCCGCGGAGGCAGCGAAAAGACUGAGGCUCGGCGAGGCUUCACAGCAGCCACCACAGGUGCCACGGACAUCAGCUACGCCAGUACAACAGGCCGGUCACGGGCCGUCUGCUAUUCCGCCUCAUCUACAAGCUCUUCAUGCCGCACAAUCGGCCCGCGGCACGCCUCCGCGGACAUCACAGUCACCUCAUCCUCCGCCGAACGGCGCCUCCACUUCUCAGACACCGCCUGGCGCAGAUGCACGUCCACCAUCUGCCAUGCAGCGGCCACCUUCCCAACCGACUCACAUCGCGGCGACGCCACGCCCACCAAGCGCGCAUCCUGCCGCCGCACAGCCGAUCCAUGCGCCGUAUCAGGGACAUCCACAACAAGUCGCUACUGCGAACCUAAUGGCCCAGAAUCUCCUGCUGAAGAAGAAGAAUCAACAGCAGGCUGCGGCUGCCGCCGCAGCAGCAGCCAACGGCUCAGCGGCUGGCGCUUUCCCGCAAGGCGCGCAACCCAGCGUACACCCUCAGGGCCAGGCAGCUCUUCCGUACAUUCAGUACUAUGCGCCGUACCAGAAUGCUGCUCAGCAGCGGUUGAACCAGCCUGGUCAAAGUGCUACACCGGUCAACAACCGUAGCCCGAUGAGUCAGGGGUCGACGCCUCAGCAUAGCAGCCCACUGGCGGCGUCACAGCGGCUCACUACCCGGUCACCAAUGCCUGCGAAUACACCGCAAGCACAAGCACAGGCUCAAGCGCAGGCUCAGGCUCAGGCUCAGGCGCAGGCGCAGGCGCAGGUGCAGGCUCAAACACAACCCCAGGCGCAAGCACAACCAGGUCAACCGGCUGCACAGGGUAACUUCAAUUAUGCUGCGCUUCAGAGCCAAUACGCUGCGCAAUACCGCCCACCUGCACAGGGCCACGCACCUCAGCCUCAUAUGGUCGCACAUCCUCUCGCCAACGGCGGCGCUCAGGCGGGGGCAGCCCCGAAUCCGCAAACCACGCAACAGCAGCAAAUGCAGGCCGCCCAGCAGUACAUGGCUGCGCGAUAUCAGCAAAUGUACUAUCCUAUGCAGCCGGGCCAGAUUCCCGCUGCCUACUGGCAGAUGGGCCGUGGCGGUCCUGUUGCGAACGGGCAGGUGCAGAUGCCCAACAUCGCAGCGCACACCCAGCAGACGAACAAGGCUGUUCAGGGCGGGGUGCAGGGCUCAUGACGAAGGCAUCGGCGAGGAUUGGCGCAGUGUAUCUUUAUGUAUUUUUAGGUAGCGUAGAUGUAUCCCUCGACCCAUUGGCAUAAUGCUAUUUUACGUCCCGUCGUUAUUCUGGUUCAU